CAGAUGAUGUCACGUGAUAUAGCACACGUGGUUGAUAAACAAAAUUUCAUAGUUAAAGAAGAGAAGAAGGCUGUUAAAGGAGGAAAAUUGGGACGGAAAUAUGAAAUCAGUUAAUGGUAGCAGAUAAUUAUUUAUAUAUGUGUGUGUGUGUAUCGAUAAUCUUGAAAGACAUUUUACUUUGCUGAUGUUACCGGUGUGAGGUGAGUAAGGUUUUUUUCAACCCGACGCCUUGGCAUCAAAACACAAUGGCAACCAGUUGUAGGGUCGUGACGGUCCUCGUCCCGAAUGGAAGACGACAAGAAGUUAAAGUGUUUCCAAGUACAUCCCUUUUACAGGUACUUGAGGACGUCUGCCGAAAACACGGAUUUAAUCCAGACGACCAUGGUUUAAAGUUUCAGGGAACUUUCAUUGACCUUACUCUACCUUUGAGAUAUUCCAACCUGCCCAACAAUGCUAAACUGGAAAUGGUGACAAGCACAUGGAAACAGUCUCCAGCUGAUAGCCAGGUACGAAUUGCUGUUCAGAUGGAGGACGGCUCUCGCUUGCAGGAUUCCUUUUCUUGCCAACAGAAUCUCUGGGAAUUGCUCACACAUUUCUCUCAGAUCAGUUUGUCAGAUUUGACUGAGUCAGGAUCUACUCCCGUGUGUGUCUACAUGAGAGAUGAGGUGAGUGGGCAAGAAGCGCUAAAGAAGACUACUUUAAAGGCACUGGGUCUUACGAGUGGAAGUGCAAUAGUAAGGUUUCUGCUAAAGAAAAACAAAUCUCCUGGGGAGAAGACAGAAGCAACUGUGACAGUUUCUAAACCGAGCAACGUUUUUGCAAAGGAAAGCGCGCAUAACUCGUCAUCUAAGCCGGAUACUUCCCCAUCACAGCCAGAAACGUCGUCAUUAAACGUCCCGGGAACUGAUUCAGAAGAAACCCUUUCUCUGUCAACUCCCACCUCCGCCACGGGCACCCCUCUUCCCGUUCAACAGAGAGACGUUUUAAACCCUCAGAAGAUCUGUAGUCAUGGAGAAGAAGAUGGCGAGGCAGCCGGACCAUCAGGACUAAGCCCUCAUUCCUCAUCGUCUUCACCCAAAGCCCAAUUCAAUCCCUCUACUGAUGAUGGUCGGUGCCCCAACAGUUCAAGUCAAGGAUGCCUCUCUUCUUUUUCAUCUCCUUCCUUGACCACACUUAGUUCAGCAUUUGAAUCUCCCAAAGCCAAGAAAGCUAAAUCCAGCCAGAGUUCUUCUCUUCAGCCGGUACAAAGGGAUCCUCUCAUCUACCACUUGGAUUCAGUGCCCCAUCGAUCUAAAGACCAAUGGGAUCCUCCAGAGGAGUUUUUUGAAGUAACAGUUGACGAUGUGCGGAAACGCUUUGCCCAGUUGAAGAGUGAGAGGAAAAAGUUGGAGGAAGCUCCACUGAUGACGAAAUCCUUACGAGAAUCCCAGAAAAAGAAGAAAUUGGAUAAGUAUCCUAAAGUAGUCCUAAGGGUCCAGUUUCCAGACAGAUAUGUUUUACAAGGCUACUUCGGGCCCUUGGAGACAGUUGGGUCUGUAAGCCACUUUGUCAAGAGUCAUUUGGAGAAUCCUCAGCUAAAUUUUUACUUGUUCACCACACCCCCAAAAACCAUUGUGGACAACCCAUCGGCUACACUUUUCCAGGCUGACUUGUUUCCAAAUGUGCUGAUGUACUUUGGCUCUGAGGAUAAAACAGAUUCUUAUAUAAAGCGGGAACUUCUUGACUCAUCUGUUCCCCCCCUGCGAGCAAAAGCAUGUUUUUCAAGUGGCUCAGACGAUACCCCCUUGCCCUCAGUGCAGACAUCAGACACCAGGGAGUCUACGCUGGAACAGCGAGCUACAUCUUCGCACAUCAAAGCUGCUAAAACUGCCAGAUGUGACGCUGAAAAGUUGCCCAAGUGGUUCAAACCCCCCGGUAAAAAAUAGGACUGGGAAUAGUCACCCGGGUAAAUGUCUGCAGUUCCUUUCUGGUUUGUAAACUGAGGAGCAAUUCCGUGCAGCACGCACGGAAUUGCCACAAGACUCAACAUCACAACUUUAGUGGACAUGGGUUUUUUUUUUCUUGACAUGUGGUUUGACUGAAUUUGUUGUGGAUUCGUUUGAUAUAAAAAGGACUCUUCAAAUCAGAAGUUAAACCCUUUAAAAGUAAAUAAAAUUUGCUGUUAAAAACA